UACUUGGAUAAGUUGCAGUCUAUACAGAAGUCGAGGAAGUACUUUCAACGCACUUCCUCUCUAGAUCUCCAGAUCAAUUCAACCAUGUCAACAGACGAUCAACGAUCCGAACUACAAAACGGCGAUGCCAAUCCCGAACCAGAUUCCGAUCUCAACACUCCCGAACACACUACGAUCCAGUCAACUGAUAGCGUCGAAGAUAAUUCAUCCCCGAUCCAAUCAACUGACAAUGAUAAAUCUCCUCAAGUUGUAGAUCCGGAACCUGCAACACAAGUAUCCGACACACAAAAUCCGAUCGAAUCAAAGGACAAUGAGCAGUUGCAGAAAGACGAAGGGAACCGGACGUUUACUAUGAGAGAGUUGUUGAAUGAGUUGAAGAAUGGAGAUGGAGAUCAGGAAUCUCAAGUGUCUGCUGGUACUGAUGCUGUUACGCCACGGCGUAGUAGUCAAGAAACCACACAGCAUACAGAAAAGAAUAGUGCUGCCAUGGAGUUGAUCAAUAGUAUCACCGGUUCUGACGAGGAAGGUCGGUCAAGGCAAAGGAUUCUUACGUUUGCAGCAAAAAGGUAUGCAAGUGCAAUAGAGAGAAAUCCAGAUGACUAUGAUGCACUUUAUAAUUGGGCACUGGUUCUUCAGGAAAGUGCAGAUAAUGUUAACUCAGAUACUAGCUCACCGUCCAAAGAUGCUUUGCUUGAAGAAGCUUGCAAAAAGUAUGACGAGGCGACGCGUUUAAACCCCACUCUUCAUGAUGCUUAUUAUAACUGGGCUAUUGCCAUAUCUGAUCGGGCCAAAAUGCGUGGACGUACAAAGGAAGCUGAAGAAUUAUGGAAACAGGCAACAAAUAAUUAUGAAAAAGCUGUUCAACUAAAUUGGAACAGUCCCCAGGCUCUCAACAACUGGGGUCUUGCUUUACAGGAACUGAGUGCGAUUGUUCCUGCACGUGAAAAGCAAAUAAUAGUUAAAAGUGCAAUCAGUAAGUUCCGUGCAGCUAUACAGUUGCAAUUUGAUUUUCAUAGGGCCAUCUACAACCUCGGCACUGUUUUGUAUGGAUUAGCAGAAGACACAUCAAGAACUGGAGGAACAAUGGGUGGACAUGAUGUUUCCCCAAACGAGUUAUACAGUCAAUCUGCUAUCUACAUUGCUGCUGCUCAUGCACUAAAGCCAAAUUACUCGGUAUACACUAGUGCCUUGAAGCUUGUGCGAUCCAUGCUGCCUCUACCUUAUUUAAAGGUUGGAUAUCUAACUGCACCACCAGUGGGACAACCAAUUGCUCCACAUUGUGACUGGAAGCACACUCAGUUUGUUUUGAACCAUGAAGGGCUCCAACAGAUACACAAUGGUGAGCAACGACACAUGGUAUCUGGAAGUAACGGCAGACCCGCAAUUAAAAUAGAUAUCCCCGAUAUCGUCUCGGUAUCAGCAUGUCAAGAUUUGAGUUUGCCUCCCGGUCCUGCAAUCUGCAUAGAUACAAUUCAUGGACCCACAUACUUGAUUGCAGAGUCAUGGGAAUAUCUGGAUACGUGGCUUGAUGCUAUUCGGCUUGUUUACACAAUUUUUGCAAGAGGUAAGACCGAUGUUUUAGCAGGCAUAAUCACCGGGUAAAUUUUUAUGUUUGAUUGAGAGCGCUGAUGUUUUUUUUUUUCUGAAGUGUGGAAGUGACUUCUUAUAGAUGUUAGGUGAUGUAAGAUUUUUGUAUAUUAUUAUUCUUACUGUUGUCAUUGUCGUUAUCGUUUUCAUUGCCGGUGCCUCCGGUGAUUAUGAGCGCGGAUGUUACAGCACACCGGUAAAAGUAAUAGUUUCUUUUUUUAUAUCUUAUAUUUGUAUUCGACA